AUGGAAGCAACCAACAAUGUUGGUACGAGCGCGACCACCGCAUGCGACCGCUGUCAUGGCAUCAAAGCACGAUGCACUUUCACACCUGGUCGGGAAAAGUGUGAUCGCUGCUUCCGGCUCUUCCACGAAUGUGAGACCAAGCGUGUCAUCGGCAAGGCUGGCAGGCCACAGACUAGGAAGGGGCAGCAACCAAAGGCUUCGCCGUUACUGUCAGCACCAUCACCUGACAAAGAUUCUCCUGCUUCGUCGACCACAUCGCCCAACUCUGCCGCAUCCACAGGAGAUCCGUUCGCACGAUUUGAUCCACAAGAAGUUGCCCUGGCUCAGUACCUGGUCAGAGAUCAGAAGCUCGAUCAGCGCUUCGUAAACAGCUUUGCAAUCGAGUCGUAUUUCCGCAACACUAUGGAGUCCACCCUUGUCAAACAGCUUCUGACCGCCCCGGAGCAAGUCAAGGAUGCUCUCCUGGCGCUUUGUGGUGCACUAGUGGCUGAAGACGAGUCUCACUCCCAACCAGGCUCCGCCAGGUCGAUAGCUGAUAUGCAGAAAUGCUGUGCAGCAAUGGAGAAAUUACGUAUGGCCCUAUCAACGACUGAGGAUGAUGCUCGCGCUAUACUAUUCGUGGCUACAUCUUUGAUAUCGUUCAAUGAUCUUACCGUCGGCUACGGCUACCUUCCAGUCGCCUCUGCCGCGCUCAUCGCCAUCAAGCCCUGGCGGACUCAGCUGCUGCGAGAGUCAUCGUCUCAUUUUGACCCAAACCUUAUUCCGGUCGUCUAUGCCGAAUACAUGGAGUGCCAGAAGAGCGCGGAAGUACCUACACUGUGCUGGGUUCUGCCCACAGAUCAACUGAUCGAUAGGUCCUACGGCAUAGCGCAUGAGGCGCUGCCAUACUUGUACCACAUUUGCGUCCUGACGCAUGAUAUGCUACAGACAUUCUUACCACAGGAGACGCUCCUGCGUCGAGCUGCCGAGAUCGAAGCUGAACUCGACCUCUGGACUCCUCACAUUGCAAUCAACAGCCCGAGUGAUAAAGAGCUCAGCCUCACAGAAAAUCAAAAAGCUCAGAUGGUGGCUCAUGCAUAUUGCUACAAGCUUCUGGCCCAUCUGCUGUUGGAGCAGAUUCAAGCCACGUAA